GUGAAUUUCAUUUCUCUGUUAGAAUAAGAACCUUCUUUUGAGGGAGUUUCGUCGAGGCCGGCGAGGUUUUUGAAUGACUUGGAAAGUUAUGGUCUGUUUAGGAAGCCAGUAGACAGGAAAACCAAGUGAGUUUUCCUGGAGAAACUCGAAAAAAGAGGAGGAAGUAUACUAACAGUACUGACUUGAGUGAACUGAACGUCGUACUUUUGAGUGACAGUCAUUUGUUGUAGAAGCAGUUGUAAUAGUUCUCUCCGUUAUUCUGACAGUAAUAGUCGUUUUGCUGCAAACUUAACUUUUGAUAUGACCGGAGGGAAAGAAAAAAGUUUCAACUCUCAAGUAGCUGUUUUGAAACCAAGACCACAACGCCCACAAAACAAGAUGGUACCCCCAAGGUCAACAAGUUCAACUUUGUUCACGAAAGACUUAUCAGGAAAGGUAGACUGUUGUGUUUCCGAAGAGGAGUGCAAUUGUUUUCCUUGGGUUCAGUACAAUGACUUUUAUGCGGUUUCCUUUUCUCCUCCAAGAAGAGUCACCAAUCCUAUUGUUAGGGACAAACGUUUUUUAGUUGACGGAGCGGAUCACUCGGAUACCUUUGCUAUAAUUAGAAACGAUAGACAGGAUAUAUUUUUCUACAACACGGAAGCUUAUUCUUCUAGUGGAGAAGCGGAAUUGGAUUACAUGAUUAUGUUUGCGUGAUUGUCUAGAAAAGGCCUUUAUGGCUUGGUUUUUUACUUUUGGCUAUUUUGUUGCCGUUGACCUUUAUGGGAGGGUUUCUAAUUGUAUAAAGGACAUCGUUUUAACCAAAGCUUCCAAUCCCAUGAUGAGGUCAUGUACCAAGAGGUAUAAGUUUGCACUAGUGAGAUUAUU